UUAUUUGGGGGGAGUAGUGUGUGGGUCUGUUUAUCUGUAUGUGAGUCAACAGUCAAAUACAUUUACGUCUUUCUUCCGGCAGGUUCUCGUGAAAGUGGAACUAGCAACAAUCUGCGGCUCUGACUUACACACACUCGCCGGAACCAGAACCACGGAUCACCCCUGCGUGCUUGGCCACGAAGGCAGCGGCGUGGUGGCGGCCUCAGCGCGGGAGGGAGUGCUCGCGGGUGAGCGCGUGACGUGGGGAGUGUGCGCUUCGUGCGGCAAGUGCCUCCAGUGUUCUCUUGGACUGGAGAACAAAUGUAAGGACCUUCUAAAGUGCGGACACACUGUUAUGACCUCCGCUCCGCUCUUCGGGACGUACUCUACCCAUACCCUGUGUCCUGCCGGUACUCCUGUAGUUUCCCUGCCCCCCGCCCUCACACCAGAGCUUGCCGCCCCUAUCAACUGUGCCCUCGCUACUAUGGUCAACGCCGUCUCCAAACUGCCACCCUUACCGCCUCCGGGUCAUCCUGGAGCCUCUGUAGCUCUGGUACAGGGCGCCGGCAUGCUGGGAAUGUAUGCUUCAGCCCUUCUUCGGGAACUGGGGUUCUCCAAGGUACUGUGUGUGGAUGUCAACAGACUACGACUGACAAGAGUGGUUGAAUUUGGGGCCACUCCAGUACAUCCCGAUCAAGAAGAGGAGAUGAUUUCCACUGGGAGUGUCGAUGCAGUUUUCGAGGUGUGCGGGAACAAAGAGGUGGUGAGUCAAGGUGUGAGAGCGUUAAGAGAGGGAGGAACCUACGUGCUGGUGGGGCUCGUCCACCCAGACUCCCACCUGCUUGUUACAGCCCAGGCCCUUAUCCUCAAGUGUCUGACAGUGGUGGGCGUACACAACUACUCCACUAGGCAUCUCCAUGAGGCGGUAUCCUUCCUGGCACAGCACCACAACCGCUACCCCUUCGCGUCCCUUCUCGGACCUACCUACCCACUUUCGGACUUCCGGAACGCGGUUGAUGUUGCCCGAUCCGGUCAGUUCUUUCGGGUGGCAGUCAACCCUCAACUCUAACUUUGUACAUGAACGGAUCUUUGAUGGAUGUGUUUAUGUUCUUACUUUCUUUGUUGUUACUGCUUGUGUAGGAGCACAGAUACUCGUACAUAGAUACAGAUAAGCAGAUAGAGAGAUAGAUGGAUAGAUAGGUAGAAAAAGAGAUAGAUAGAUAGAGAUAGAUUCACACACACACACACACACACACACACACACACACACACACACACACACACACACACACACACACACACACACACGUAUUUUUAUGGAGAGAGAGAGAGAGAGAGAGAGAGAGAGAGAGAGAGAGAGAGAGAGAGAGAGAGAGAGAGAGAGAGAGAGAGAGAGAGAGAGAGAGAACUAUAGCUAUAGAUAAAUAGAUAGAUACAUAGAUAUAUAGAUAGAUAGAUAGAUAUAGAAUGUAGAUAAAUAGAUAGAUAGAUAUACACUUAUAUAAGUGUGGCGGCUCGUGGUAAAAAAAAUUUGGGGGGGCUGCAUAAUAAUUUCAAAUUACAAUAUAAUGUUAAAAUUAAAAUUAUAGUACUUACUUA